UAUGAUAAUAGUGAGAAUACUGCGAGUCAUUUCAUCUAUUUGACGAGUGUCGUUCCGUUCAUAAAUGUGUAUAUAUUCGUAAUUGGUUACUUAGUAAACGGCUCUGGAAAAACAGAAAAUGGAAUGUCAUGCUAUCGUAGUUAUAUCAGUGGUGAUGGCGUUUCUUGUGUUGGUGAGGAGUGACGAAGUAUACUGUCCUGUGGCUUACCGCACCAUCGGGCCGAUAUGUGGGACUGAUGGAUCGUUGUACACUACUUGGUGUGACUUGGAAAUGGCUCGGGUUUUCAACCACCAACUGGAUGUCGCUCACAUGGGACCGUGCAGGUCCGAUUGCAGUUACGAGUAUAUGCCAGUAUGUGGCAACGAUCUGGUAACAUACGACAACCUCUGCUUCUUCCAAGAGGAAGCCUCAAGACCACAAAGCUACGGGCUAAGAGUACUUCAUUUCGGACAGUGCAAUAAUUACAGAAUUGUACCGUAUAUAACAUAAUCUUCAACAAUUUCAACGACCGCAUUGUUCUGGACUGCUCAAAGUAAAACGAUUACGAUUUUCGAAAAGUAAUAAUGCAAUAAAUUGUUUUUGUGUCGUAAUUAUAAAUGAAAAACUGGUGUUAAAACAGUGAAGUGAUGAGUUUUUGUACAUAGAUAGAAUUUGCGUAAAGUGGGAGUUCACAUGACAUCAAACUACAAGUCACGCCUUAAAAGACAUGUGUAGUAAGUUAUUUAGGAAUUUUACUGAUUUAGUUGUUUUCA